AUGCCGAAUCCGCUGUUUAUGUCAGUAAUCGAUGCUGUACGAUUCGUGUCAGGGUUUUCGGCCAAGUUUGCGAGUGUGGACGAGUACAAUUGGAGCUACAUCAAGCGACCAGGCAAGGACGAGAACAAAGAUGUUGUGGUGUUCUUGCAUGGCUUCAGCUCGAUGAAGGAGUCUUGGGUUCGCGUUGCGCGAGGUAUUGACAAGCGGUACAAGAUCGUGAUCCCAGAUCUUCCUGGCCACGGCCGCACAACUCCUCUGGAUGCACUUGCUAACUACUCAAUACCUAGCCAAGCUCAACGACUCCAUGAGUUUAUCGAGAAGGAAGUCCCCGCUGACAAGAACAUUCACUUGGUCGGAUGCUCUAUGGGUGGAAUGCUGGCUGGAGUGUAUGCUGGGCUAUUCCCUACUCGAGUGAAGACAUUGACGAUGAUCUGUCCAGCAGGGAUCACGAUGCCCACUAAAAGCGAUUUACUGGUAAUGCUCGAGGAAUCCGGACGCAACCUACUGCUCGCGCACACCCCUGAAGAUAUUCAUGAAAUGAAUUACGCACUGAGUUUCAAGCCACUGAAAAUUCCAAAUACUAUUGCAUCGAUCGUCGCAGCAGAGCGUAAGAAGCAGCUACCAGUGCUGGAGAAGAUCGUCAAUGAUGCUCUUCAGAACCCCAUUGCGUUGGAAGAGCAGCUGCCUAAUAUCCGAGCCAAGACGCUAGUGAUGUGGGGAAAACACGACCUUACACCCGGAGACACAAGUGCAAAUUCUUCUGUUUGA